CCACCACUCUUUCUCUCUCAUCUUCCUUUCUCCCCAAGAAACUUCAACACCUCCCCUUUCAAUCUUCCUCUAUAAAACAAGAAGCCUCUAUCCAUCUCUCCUCUUUCUCAUUUGCUACUCAUCCUUUUCGCCUCCUUUCCAUUAGACCACAUAGUUGGUUGAACUAGUUAGCUUCUAGCUACUAAUAUAAAAAAUAAUUUUUGAUAAUUAGAGAGAGGCAAAAAUGGAACUAGGGUUAGGUGGAGCAGGUCCAUCAAUGGUGAAGAGCAGUAAAGAAGAAGAUGAGGAGUUAGUUGAGCUGCCUCCUGGCUUCAGAUUCCACCCCACUGAUGAAGAGAUCAUCAUGCACUACCUCUUGCUCAAGGUCGUCGACCGCCGCUUCGUCGCCAAGGCCAUCGGAGAAGCCGAUCUUAACAAGUGUGAACCGUGGGAUUUACCAAAAAAGGCUAAAAUGGGAGAAAAGGAAUGGUUCUUCUUCUGCCAGCGAGACCGGAAGUAUCCGACCGGAAUGAGAACGAACCGGGCAACUGAGUCCGGUUACUGGAAGGCGACCGGUAAAGACAAGGAGAUUCACCGAGGCAGAAACUGCCUGGUGGGAAUGAAGAAAACUCUUGUUUUCUACAAAGGUAGAGCUCCCAAAGGAGAGAAGACUAAUUGGGUGAUGCACGAGUUUCGCCUCGAGGGCAACUUCUCCACCUACAACUUCUCUAGAGCCGCUAAGGAGGAGUUUGUGGUGUGCCGCGUGUUCCACAAGAACAGCGGGAUCAGAAGGAGCCCCGGCGUGGAGCUAACGAGGGUGGACUCGUUGGUGGAUCAUCUACUAGCGGCGGAGAGCCCCACGGGGCUGCUUCCGCCGCUCACGGAAUACAAUGAGCAGGCUGAUCAAAGGGUAUUUUGGGAAAAUCACAAGUUUCAGCAGCAAUAUGAUCAGUAUUCAACUGCGCCGCAGUUUUACGCUCCCCAAAAUGCCCUUCCAACGCCACCAUCGAUGCUUGGUUAUGGAAAUCACCCCAAAAUGGAGCAUUUCGACGCCUCUGUGAUGAGUCGUUCACAGGAUACUGGGCUUAGCACCGAAAACGCAGCGAAUCACGAGAUAACGUCGAAGAGUGCAGCAGCGUUUAAUGAGGAUGAUGAACAAGGGCUGGAAGCUCUUGCUUUUAGCCCAGAUAUAUCAGAUAUGGAGAACUUUUGGAGAUACUAGACCCGACCCGACCCGACCCUUCAACGCCGGUGUUUUAGUCAUGCAAGAAGGUGCUUCAUCGUGUACAUAGUUUUAAUUAUUGA